CGUCGCCUCAACGUUUUCUCUCACUUCACGUCGAAUUAGCGCACCAGUCCUAACUCAAGUCACAUCAUUUCGGUGGGAUAAAGACGCUUGUUGAGGGAAGGUGAAGUAUUUGCCAGAACUUCGCCGCGGGACGCUUCUGGUCAUCGUGUAGCCAGCUAAGAAUGUCGCCAAGGAUGAGGACCAAGUCACUGAAACCAUCAUACCAGCCCUUCAUCUAAAGGAAGUACACCAACAACAAGUUAGGGAAUGUUCUCUGUUUAUAACGAGAGGAUUUUAUUCCUUAAGUUGUUGCUGAACAUCUUUAUUUCUGCAUGAUGGAUCUAUUCUUCCCCACAUGGAUCCUCAAAUGUCCUUCCCAUGUUGAAUGGAGGUCUUUGGCACAAUCUGUAUCAGUUUGAGUUUAAUAUUUGCACUUUUUCAUCUUCCUGUUUGGAUUUUUGAAUGUAUUACUGCAAAAUUGGCCACAGUUGAAAUGGAUGGAAGGACUGGAAAAUGGCUAAAACCUUGGAUUGUUAGGUUUCGGACAUCGUUCUGCUACGAUUUUAUUCUGACACCAUAAGUGUUUAUAAAAAUGGAAAAAAAUCAGAUGAUCACCUUUUUAGUCACGGUUUAAAUAUUUCUUAUGCACAUUCUUGUGUGAAAAGGUUUUUUUUUUGGGUGUUACUAAAGGCCGUGAUGUAGGCCUUUUUGGCCUGAGUGAAGGCUGAAGAGACUUGAAAAUUUAAAUCCCCAAAUCAGAGAAAAGAUCAAAUAUUCUCAAAGCUAAGUGGAAAAACAGCAGAGUAGCAAUCGCUGCUCGCUAUGGCAGCAGAUCACAGUGAGCUGCUGGCUGAGAUGGCAACUGUUGGACGUCUGAGUGCCACAGAACGUCUAAAACAUGCCCAGAAGAGACGUGCUCAGCAGCUGAAGGCUUGGGCACAGAUGGAAAAAGACGCAACGCGAGGGUCGCGGGCCAAAGCAGACAGGAAGAAGAAACGCACCACCAAAGUAAAGUUUCCUGACUCCGUCACUCUCCUAGAUUCAUCUGCACGAAACGACGUGGAGGAGGUGACAGAGCUGCUGAACAGCGGUGUGAGCCCAGAUCUGGUAAAUGAAGAUGGAUUGACGGCCCUGCAUCAGUGCUGCAUUGAUGAUUUUGUGGAGGUAGUGCAGUGCCUGCUGGACGCUGGUGCCUCUGUGAACGCCUGUGACAGUGAGCUGUGGACGCCGCUACACGCUGCCGCCACCUGUGGGCACACUGGUCUGGUGCAGCUACUUAUUCAAGCCUCCAUAUUGCCUCUGCCAAUGGCUACAUGUCAGUGGCAGAGAUGCUAGUGGACAGCAGGGUCAAUAUGGAGCUAAAAGACUCUGAUGGGUGGACACCGCUACAUGCUGCCGCCUGCUGGGGACAGAUCCAAGUAGUGGAGCUGCUGGUGGCCCAUGGGGCUGAUCUAAAUGCAAAGUCUGUCUUAGAUGAGACACCUCUAGACGUGUGUAUGGACGAAGCGGUCCGAGCCAAAAUGAUGGACCUGAAGAGCAAACACGACGCCAUCAUGAAGAGUCAGGACAGGCAGAAGGGCACGCUGCAGAGACGAGCAUCCAGCACCGGAAGCAGAGGUAAAGUGGUGCGUCGCGUCAGUGUGAACGAACGCUCCAGUCUGUAUCGGAGGGAGCAUCACAAAGAGGCGAUCGUGUGGCAGGAGCGCGGCCGGCAGCCUGAAACUCAUGACGACGAUGAAGACAGACAAACCGACAAAGAGCUGCACCAGCACGCUGUUUUGGCUGCUGGUGCUGCAGCAACGACGCGCCUAGAGGAGCUGGAGGCAGCUGACAGGAAGAUUGCAUCAAGUGUGGCAAAUGGGGAGACCUCUGCUUCUCUAGCGUCUUCUGUUCCUGGAGAGCAGUGGAGCGGGGGAGGCUACAUGGAGCGCAGCGCCUCCUACCAGCUCAACCCUGCGUCUGGAUCUGGACUUUCAGAGGGGGAGUCUGCGGACAGUAUGAAUCGGGAGAAAUCGCACCAAACGCUGGCCGACCUGAAACGCCAGCGGGCAGCUGCUAAGCUCAACAAGUAUCCAGCACCUCCACCUCCUCUGCCACCUCCUCUAGAGGAGGAGGAACCUUCUACUGCAGCAGCAGUCCAGACCACCCCCUCUCAGACUCAAUCAGAAAUCCAAAUGAGCCCUCCAGCAGAGCAGGCCGCCUCCCCCAGCCAGGUGUACUUCACCCCGGCCAGCGGAGAUCCUCCGUUACUGAAGCUCCGAGCCCCGGAGGAGGAGCAGACCAACAACAAGGAGCCCUGCUGUGGCCUCAUGUAAACACACUCCAGUCACACCUGUUCAGAAACAAGACUUCCUAAUGGCCUCAUGACAUUUGCUACAUCAUCGUGUGCCUUUCAACAUGUGACACAUAAUGAUGGGAUUAAUACUGUUGACUUGGCCAAACAUCCUGGAUCCGGGGAAUUAUCAUGACUUCUGUUUAUUCUCCUCUUCAAUUCCACCCACAGAGGGCGGGAUACAGGACAUAAAAGUAUCAAAUUAGGAUUAAAUUCUAUGCUAAAAAAUAUAAAACCUAACAUGGUUGAAGCCUGCAUAUUAUCAUGAGUGGUGUCCCGUACUAGGACACCUCAGACUGUGACAUCACAACCUAGUGGAGAAACUUCUCUGUUGCACGUUUUGUGGUGAGCCACGUGCCAUGGAUGGCUUGAUCUACAUCCAGUUAGCGUGCAACCUAGCGAUCCCUCCUCUUUAUGUUGUUCCCUUCUCUUUUGCACAGUGAGGUGUUUACUCGAGCUCAGGAAAGCUACAGGUUUCACUCUUGGGAGUCAAAGAUGAGUGAACGCUGUGUUUUCCAUGUAAGCCGUGAAGUUUAGCUGUGAUUCGUCUGACCUUUGACUUUGACAAACACUUGUAUUUUAAGGAAAAUAAGGUUUUAAAGCUUGAAACACUAGUUUUUGUAUACACUGAACUAUUCGAAUUACACACUUCGACAUUCAGCGUUUCGAAUUUUUUUUUUCUGGUUUAAAAAUUUCAAUAUUUGCAACUGCGAUUUGUUUCACUGUUUUGCCACAAAACAAGAUAAUUAUCAUUUAAAUCUAUUAAAAAGUGACCCAGACCCUUCUCUUCACAUCCUUAAGCUUUAAGUCAGUAUUUCUGCUCUCCUGUCUUUAGAAUUAAAUCGCAUUAUUUAUCGUUACACUGAAUAUUUCUGCUUGUACGUUUUUACUUUUCUUUAACAGAAUGAUCAAAGACAUUUAGCGAUUUGUAAUCAGAAAAGCACAUUUCAGAUGACUGUCUUAUCAGAGAGGUUGGUGCCUUUAUUUGGUGACUUAUUUAUUUGCUACGCUUGCACAAAGACCCAUGUGUAAAUUUGGUGCACGGCGGGAUUAAAUAAAUGUAAAUUCACUCCAGCUGUUAUUACAUUUCAGUUUUUGAUAGUGAUUUUUACUGAUUCCUGUGUGAAAAAGACAGGACAUGAAUGCAUUUUCACAAAUGACAUUUGUAUUUUUAUAAUGGCAGGUGCAUCUUACGAAUAAAUCUGAGUAUUUACGACUGUUAUGUUCAAAUGAAGUAGGGCUAGUAUCCAUUUCAGCACACGUGGGGACAUGUAGGUGCCCGUUUUUCACUCGAACCCCUCACCCUUCGCUCGCUACGUCCUUUUGUCUUCCAUCAUGCUCCCCUUCUCCUAUGGACUUCAGUCUGUUCUGGUCCCUCUGCCAGGGCAGCAGUUGUAAAGGAAAUUCUCAAGUUGUUAUGGAAGUCCAACAUGCAGAUAAAACUGUAGCAGAUUCAGGUUUCAUGUUGCUUUUGUAAAGGUUACCGCAGCAGCUUGUGUUGGAAUGGCGGCCGCCGGUAUUCUAAAUUCCUGCUGAGGUUGAAAUCACGCUGCAGAGCUUAAGGAGCUGCUCUGAAACCGCAUCUCUUACAUUUAUUUGAUAUUUGAUGCUUCCAAAAUACGCUCGGUGACACACCAAAGUCACCACGAUGUCACAUGUUGGGGAGAUCGAAUGUCUUUCCUAUGUUUGUUUCAAGAUCUCUGACAGAGUACUUCUCCCUUACACACACACACACACCUUGGUUUUCUUCACUUACUGACUUAUUCAAACAAAUUUUUCUUUUUCUGUCUUCUUACUCCAACCACAGAGCACACACGUGUAGUCCGUUUUGUCAGGAUAAACUUUAUAAAUGCAGUAAAAUUACAAAAAUACAAAUUUUGAUGCUUCACUUGCUUCAUUAUUCGCACAUUUUACGUGUUCGAUGAUACCUUUAUUAUAUUUAAUGAGUGGAACAAACUGUGCUGGUUGUGUUUCAGAGAUGGAAAGUUACAGCAAUAAAUCAUGAAAUGACUUGUCUGAA